UGGUGAGACGGCUCAGUUGGUCCUUUUCUUUACACGAGGACAUCCUCAUGUCUCAGUGGUCGUCUUCUGCGUUAGUGUUAACUAUUUAGUCUGAUAUUACACUAUUCCCCGAGAUGAACAGUGAUCAAAGUACAACCCCGGACGCCAGUGCUUCCGUGGAGAGUAAAAGUGACGAAGAUACUUUCACGAAGGUAAAGUCUAAAAAGACUCAAAAACGAAAACGUGAACAAGACGCGGCGGCGGACAUGGACACAGAGGGGCCCAUGGCCAGCAAGAGACCGCAGUUUCCUCCAAUUUCAGGCGACAGGUUAAGGGUGAGUACUAUGAUAGUUAUACGGUUCGUGUUUCACUUGAGUUUUAUCACGAUUUGACGCCUGUGUCUAUCUGGAUUUGAUGUCUUUGACGGGGGAAAGGAAGACAGUCUGGCCAGUCUGAACUUUGUGCGCACGCGCAGUUUUGCUCUUCAGCGCUAUUAAAGGGCAGGGGGGAACACAUUUUUUCUUACCUCAGACUUUCUCAAAAGUAUUGUUUGAUAAUUGAUGUUAUUAUUUAUGAAAAUUCUGUAUUCCGACAGUUCGCGGUCUUCCAUAAUUUAAUGUAAUAACCAAUGUCAGACACUUCUGAGUAAGUGUCUAAAAAUAAACAUUUGUUGAGCACACGGGGCUUAAAGGGGCAAUGUAUAGUUCAACAGUGGUCAUGCUAAAUAAAAUCCUGACAGGGUGAGACAAGAUGUGCCCUCCACUCCAAAGUAAAGGUGGGCAACAUGGCAAUAUUUCCCAGGAUUUAUUGUGAUAUGACAUUUACCUUGAUAUUUUGAAACCUCCUCCGAAGCUCUGUUUAAUGAAACCCUUUGAUGCCUAAAACCACACUUGUAUAAAGGCCCGAAUGGACUACAGAAUGAUUUUAUUUUUCAUGCAAGAAGUGGAAAAUCACACCUUGUUUUGGUCCAGGUAGCUGCAAUUACAUAAUGGCAAUGUGGGCUUGCAACUGCCUGGUUGUCAAAGGUCCUAAAACCGUACUUCUCCUUGGAGCAGCGUGAAACCCAUUUUUCUAAUUAUUUAAAGUCAGUCUUACAUAUUAAAACAAUUUAUGCAGUACAGCUAGGUGUAGAAGAAAGGAGGUGAGUGACACUGGCCUGUACUGUCUGCAUUGAUUCAUCAUGGGAAAGUAAGGCUUUUUAUUUUGGACAAACCCACACUGAGGUGUUAAGAGAUAGAGAUGUGAUCAGGUAUUUUUUUUAUUGUAUUUAAUGGGAAUGGAAGGAGACAAGCAGAUCUGUCAGUUGUUCUUCCUCUGUCCCUGAGUUGGACUGUCCUGCAGCCUGUUUUGGUGCACGCCCUGACUUAAAGCAAUUAUUAAUGCCUCCACCUUUCUCUGAUAGAUUUUAUAAACAGUAUAGUUAUGAGACCUAAGUCUGUGUCAAUGAUGUUGAUCUGUUUAUCUGUUUUCCCUGUAAUCAAAGACUACAGUCUACAGUGUAGUCAUUUUAAGUUUUAGAUUCAGGAAUCAAACUGCUGGACCGCUCAAACUCUCCUAUAUGUGUGGUGAGCAUAGGCUGGGCAAUGUGAUCUUAUCCCACAGAAGAACCACUGGAGCUCAAACUUACCGAUGAAGAUCACCACAGACUUCAUUAUCCUCUCUGUUUGCAGAGCCUGACUGCAGUUAGCAGAUAAACAAGUUUUGAAGAUGCAUUUAUUUGUGAACCACAGAUUUAGCUUCUAAAACCAUCUCUUAAAUGGUUGUGUAGGUUUGUCAUUGACUAAGCAACGGUGGUUUAGUUAGAAUAAAUCUCUUUGCAACAUAAAUCCCAGUACAGCAGCACCCACAGUACAUAUUACAGGAUUGGGGCUACAGAAAUUAUCGGUUUCAGGAUUGUCUGAAAAAAUGCAAUCCACUGAUGAAUUGUCUCCUUUAUUGUAAUGUCUCCAUUAUGGCAUUGUUUAUUUUGUAAUAUAAUCGUCCAUCUGUCAACUUUACCACUUAUCUUCUUUGUAGUCAGUUAAUCAUAUGACCACCAAAAUAAAAGCAAUAAUUAUGACGCUCGCUAAUACAAUAAAUAUUUAAAUCAAGGUUUUCGUGUCAUUUAUUGCCAGAGUUUUGUUGAUUAUUGUUUCAGGGACCAGAUGAGAUGCGCAAAGUCCCCGUCCCAGCUCACAGAUACACCCCGCUGAAGGAGAAUUGGCUCAAGAUUUUCACCCCAAUAGUAGAAAACCUACAGCUUCAAGUUCGAUUUAACCUCAAAACCAGAAAUGUUGAAAUCAAAGUAAGUUCCCCCAGUAUACUUCAACAUUGCUGACAUGAUUGAGCGUUCAUGUAAUUAUACCGAAUUGUUUGCUCAUUUUAGUAUUGAUUGUGUCAUGUUAUUUCUUCCCUUUUAGACUUGCAAAGACACACAGGACAUCAGCUCCCUCACAAAGGCAACAGAUUUUGUCAAAGCAUUUGUUCUGGGCUUCCAGGUUGAAGUAAGUGAAAGGUUUAGACUACAGUCUAUACAUCCAGCAAGAGUAAAAGGCAUCACUUUUGACCACUUUUUGAGUUGACAGAAAUUUCAGGCCUUCGAUUUUGACCAGUGAUUAACUCUUAAUUUCUCUUUGUAGGAUGCCUUGGCUCUUAUCAGAUUAGAUGAACUCUUCCUUGAAAGCUUUGAUGUCACUGAUGGUAAGAGGGCACUGAUCCCAUCAGUUUUGUUCUGAGACACUUUUUUCAAACAAUUUCUUCACAUUUAACAAAAUGUGAACAAUCAGAUUUCCUGUUUCCUCAUUCUGUUGUGCAGUAAAACCAUUGAAGGGAGACCACUUAUCCAGAGCCAUCGGGAGACUGGCAGGGAAGGGAGGAAAAACCAAAUUCACCAUUGAAAACGUCACAAAGACCCGUAUUGUGCUUGCAGACACGUGAGUGCUUUUGUAGUUGUCUGUCACUGUUGCUGUAGACAGGUUAUCAUUAAAUCUUGAUAGUUUUAAUGAUCAUAAAUUAGUUAAUUUCCUUCUUCAGUUAAUUACUUAAAUUUUUCAUGUAUGGAAACAAAAAUGGCUCAAUUCUGUUGAUGUGCUCAAUGUAACUGUCACAGAAAAUUAAGAACGACUUGUUGAUAAUCUCAGUGAAAUAGAUCAUCUCAAAUGGACCAGCAAAAAGACAGGAACUAUUUUUCCAAGCAGCAUAUUUACAUUUCGACUUGAGAAAUUUAUCUUUUCUUACAAAACAGGACUGACUUGUUUCAUUUUUCCACCUGAAGAGUGCUACAGAAAAUGUCCCUUUAUGGCUUAAUAUAGAGUCAUAGAGUGGUAUUCCAGUGCAGUAAGCUGUUAGUCCCCAAGGCUGUGGUGAGAGCUGCAUCCUUUGCAAUAAUCUGUUGUUCAUGACAACAGAAAAACAACAAAAAAACAGACCCUGAUGUGAACUUAGGCUUCAUAAUGAUCAAUCAGAAUCAACAAUAACUGAAAUGUUUGCCCCUUUUGUCCUCAAACUGAUGCAUGUGAAUAAAAGUCCUCUAUCUGUCUCUCUCCAGGAAAGUUCACAUAUUAGGAUCUUUCCAGAACAUCAAGAUGGCCAGAACAGCGAUAUGUAACUUAAUCUUAGGUAAGAGAAAUACUGUUUUAGUAUAACAUAAACACAAGAGUCGUGAUCAGAGGGUUGAUUAUAUAUCGGAGUAGAACUCUUUGAAUCCACAUGUGAGAUUAAGGAUUGACCUUUAAACCCCCUUUCACCUCUACAGGAAGUCCACCUUCAAAGGUUUAUGGCAACAUCAGGGUGGUGGCCAGUCGGACAGCUGAGAGAUUCUGAAGUCUUAUUGGCUGCUCUGCAUUUUUGUCCUUUCCCCUGAUGGGCUGGUGAUAUUCCCACUUUGGUGUGUUGUGAUGGGACUAUUUAGACUAACACCACAGAGUCCUCUGCUUUGGCCUCAUGUUUGGAGCUGUCUGCUGGUUUUAUGGUGACACAUUUUGGAUCAGGAAACAUGGAGCACAAUCAAGAUGUUUGCAUAAUUAAAUUGGCUGUCAGCAGAAGUUUGUGUAAAUAAAUACAUUCAAUCCACAGGGGGAAUGAAUUUAUUGGUGUCUGUGUUAUAGGGGGGCUUUGGUUCAGUGGUGGAGCCAGUCAUCUCUCAACCAGUAGGUCAAGGUUUGAUCCCAGGUCCUGCUGUCCACAUUGCAUAAGAGUCCUCAGGCAAGACACUUGAGCCCCCUCUGGCUGUGUCCAGUGAGUGCGACCAGUUAAUACCUAUGGGCACUUUACAAAGCAGCCUCUGCCAUCAGUGUAUGUGGGUGAAUGUGACAAGUAGCACUUUGAGUAAUCUAAAGACCUGAGAAAUCGCUAUAGAAGUACAGUCCAUUUAAAAUUGAGCAUUUGCUGAAUUUUAAAUAGCCUGUAGUGUAAAACUGGAGCUUGGUUCAAAAAUGUUAUUUUCUACCUAGUAGCAUCCAGAAGAAAACUAAGGUUAAAAAAUGCCAGAAAAAUCCAUUACUUUCAACAUUUCAAAGUUUAUUUAAAUUGUAUUUAAUUUUCAUACAGUAUCAACUUUCCAACAGUCCCACAGCAUAAGAUGCAGCAUGCAGAAAAAGGAAAAAAAAGAUUCUCAAACUUAUAUCUUUCAGAUAGCCCCACACAAACUAAAAAGAACCCAAGUCCCUUAGAGAAAAAGAAGCACUUACAAACUAAAGCGCGGUCUGAACUAUACAGAGAACAGAGAGCCAGAACUGCAUUUAACAAAUACUUAUAUACAAAAGAAAGAAAAAAACCCAUCAAAUUUCCCCUUUAAGCUGAGUACAGUGUGUGGCAGUUUGAGACAGGAUCAGAUAUGCAACUUUACUGGAAUAGAAGCAUCAGGCUGACCCGGGUAAAAUACAAAAAAGUUACAUGUAGUUCAUUUCAUUUGGAUUACCUCUCAUAAUAUGUGUACAUUUACCAAAGUUUGGCAACAUCCAUAUUGUAUACCAUUAAAUUCUUAAAUAUAUUAACAUCACCAUUCAUGUGUAAACAAGAGGAUUAUUUCAAAAAGUUGAUCUACAUGCACAACAAAAAAAUGUAUUUCCAUGUCAUGCAAGCACAGGGAGGCCCAAGCCGUGCAGAGCUUUGGGAUUAAGGGACGACGGAGCACUCCAGAGUCACGAAUCUGACCGAAAACUUCUGUUCAAACCAGUAGUCCAUCCUCAAAGCAAAACAAAAAGCUGUUUUUUUCCCAACACCAUUCAGAAUAGGAAGCAUUUCCCCUUAGAUGUUAAAAUAUUUGAAUAUAUGGGUUUGUCCCUGAUGGUUUACAGUUGAUGUGAGAGGAAGAAAUGAGGUGAUUUUGACAGAAAAAAAAGUGGGAGAAGCCAACUUAUGAAAUGUACACUUUCAAAAUAUAAACAAACUACAAUAUCCAGUCUAUCCCACUGCACUCUGAUAAUGCCAAGAUGUAGGAUUUCUAAGUCUUUAUGUUGUGUUGGAGAAACCCUGACCCAUCCUGUGCUGUACUCAGAAAGGUACGUUUUCAGAAGGGCUCAAGUGAAGCAGAGGAAAAGCCUUCUCUCGCUGUCAGAGAGGAUGAGCACAAUUGAUUACCUAAUAUACACAUAUUAGUUAAAAAAAAAAAAACGCCUGCAGAUAAGUCUCUUUAACCAGCACAAGCAGUGCAUAAUCUCACCACAAUUCACCUUAAACUAUUCCUCUCUUUUUUUAGCCAAUUUAUCCAGCCUGUCUUUUGUAACUGAAGUCUUGAAAUAAACUCACAAUCUCCCAUCUACCUGUUCUUUGCAUUACAGAUUGUCUUUUGGAUGCACACUGUAAAGCGAAAAUGCUUCAUCAAGAGUAAACCAUCUAUCAGUUUGCAGCCACAGAUUAUUUUGGAAAGACAUUUUCUUGGCAUUCAAUUAUUUACCUAGGAUUUUUAUGACAGGAAAACAAGGAUUAUUUUAAACAAUAUAAACACAUUCUUAAGUAUAAAUUGAACUUGCAACCACAAAAACAAAACAAAACAUGAAUAUCUUUGCUUGGAGUGACCAAAGCUUCACUAGUGUAAUCCCGAAUGUGUGGAAGCUUAAAUGGAGGACAGAAAAUCUAAAAUUUCAUUUGCAGUUGGAAAUGUCACAAUGAUUGACAGCGGUGAUGAUAGGUAAUAACUCAGACUGGUUUCUGGAUAUGUUCUGGUUGGCACUUCAUACCCUACUUUCUAGUUGUACUGUAAGUCAAGUGUUCAAAUACUAUACACUUCCCCUCACGUGACAACCAAAGAUAUACUUGUAUUUUUUUCUUCUUUAUAAAAGACAAAAAAAUAAAUAUCAAAAAUAACAAUUAACAAAAAAAAAAAAAAGGAUGAAAUAUGAAUGCGCCAACCAGGCUCUUUACGGCGCCCUCUUCCCCCGACUGUCCCCCCUCCCAUCCGCAAUCACAGAUGCUCGCGCAAAUGACAAAUGGGUGUCCUUCAGUCUCUCAAAGUGCUACGACCGGGUUAUUGAGAGGAUUUACAGUUCAAUAACACUUCAAAGUUGGCUUCACGAGGCCUGUGGUUUUGUAAAGAAAAAGUGGCUUCACAGAGCAAGAGAGAGAGAGAAAGAGAGAGCGAAUACUUCCAUUGAGUUACACAGAGAGCGUUUUGCCAGACGUCUUGAGCAGAUCUUCAGAGAUGGUGGAGAAAGCAAGUGUUGAGGAAGAGGAGGGGGCAGCAAGCAGUGGAGUGUUCACACAUCCACCACCAUCUUUUUGUGUAUAUCGAGACCUCCAACCACCUGGAAAAAGACAAAAAGAAACAUAUAUUCAUCUGGUGCUGUAAGAGGAAGUACAGGCCGCAAUAAACUGAGAUGUGGGAAUAAAAAAUACUUUGAAACAACUUCAAAACACUACAGAAAAAAACUAAGACAAAUUCAUAUUUCUGGGUUUUCUGCAUAUUCUGUUAUAUCUGUAGCCCACAUCCAUUGGUCUAUAUAUUCCUUCUAACUCCUCCCAGCUACAGCAUCUUGUUUAACUGAGAUUUUGCCAGAGGGGGUCAAUGAUAUUUUUAAAAUACACCUUUCCCUAACAGCAGGGGUGAGUCCAGAGAGGUGGCAUGACACCCCUGAUUGGAUAUCCCUGGUGCUGCUACAAAAUCCUCAAGUUCAAAUGUAACUCUUCAGUUUAGACCCUUCACUACAUUCUUUCCCCACUCUACUCUCCACGUUUCUUGUCUCUCCUUAGUUGUCUACUCAAUCAAGGAAAAAAAUGCCCAAAAAUUUUAAAGGGCUGAAUAAAAUUUUACAAAUGAAUAAGACUUCUUUAAGGACGUCUAGAGUCGGUCCACAGAGGUGAGUUAAAUGCUAUUCUUACUUAAGUCAGUGUUUCACUUGGGUCAGCCCAGUUGAUAAAGUAUGGAAGUAUAAAAGUCACCCCUUACUGAGUAGAUAAACAUGCUCUAUGGUAGAGCUGGAUGAUUAAUCGAAUUUUAAUCGUGAUUUCGAUUUGGGCUUCUCAUGAUUAUAAAAAUAUUAUAAUCGAAGCAAAACGAUUGAUGUGCCACACAGCACAGCAUGUAGGUAAGUUCCUGUGCUGGGCAAACACUUUAAAUGCACCCAUGUUACAUGCAGCUGCAGCCAGCAUGUGAUGUGUAUGGAUCAAUAAUUUGACGAGUGAGUGAUUAAAACUUAGCGGAAAGGCAGCCUUUGGUUAAGAAGAAAGGUAGGACAACUUUAGUAAUCUGGAAACAUUUUGGCUUCAAGUUGACGGACGUCGAGCAGAAAGAAAUUGUUUGCAAUGUUUGUUACGCUUUCAUGUCUGCUCCCCAAGGCAAU